UCCCACCUUCUCAUUCGUCCCUCACUCUCUCUCUCUCUCUCCCUAUCUCUAUUCACUCUUCUUCCCCCAAAUUGCACAAAAUAGGGAAAACUCAUUCUCUAAUUUAGAGUUUCAGCUUCCUUCCCUCCAUCAUCUUCUCCUUUCCUCUCUCUCCCCUUUCUCGGUUCUCCCUCUUCCUCUCUUUCUCCUCUCCCUUUUUCCUCUCUUUCUCUCUUCUCUUUCUCGGCUAUGCUCACACCGGCGCUACCGCUACCGCCACCGCCACCGCCACCGCUGUUGUACGCGCGGCGGCUCGACGUCGCAGCCCUCCACCUCCCUCUCUCGAUUUCCACCGCCAUCACAUCAUCGCUGCUCCACCGCCUCAGCCCCCCUUCUCUCUCCCGAAUCUGCCGCCUCCUCGCCGGACUCCCGAAAGGUUGUGAAAUUAGUGACGUAUCGGGGUGGGGGCUGUCCUUGGUUGUCUCCGGGCUGCUGAGAAUCUGUCUCCGGCAGAUUUAUAUUUUAGUCUAAGAUAAGUACCUAAGUUCUUUGCUAGAAAUUGCUUUCUAUGUUCUUUGCUAUAGUUGUUAAGUUUGUAUUUGGCAGAGGCUAAAUCUUGCCUAUAUGCAUAUGUUGAAAGAAGAAAAAAAAUAUUUUGUUGUUACUUACCUUCAUAUGUGAUGAAUAAACUUUGCUGAAAUUUCCACUACGAUGUGAACGUCCUCUUCCUUUGCCUUCCUGCUUUGUUGGAAGUAUUUUGGGAAGAGGGUAUUGUUUGGUAGGGUAGUGAAAGUGAUGAACAAUAUGUUCUUGUUGGUAUGUAUAUGUGAGUAGCAAGUGGUCUGACAUGAUCCUCCAAAUAUUCUCUUGUCGGAGAAUUGAUGAUUGUUCUGACAUUUCAUUUAAUGCCGUAUCAAUUGCUGCUGAAAAUUUGAUCCUCGGGAUCGGAUCUGCCUACCCCUUUCUUUUAUAUUUUAUUUGUUUUAUUAAAUUUUAUUAUUUGUAUAUUUAUUUACUUAUUUGUUUAACUUGGUGUAGGAAAACCCCGUUUAAGCUCGUGGCUUUGGUGUAGGAAAACAAAUAACAUCCAUAGUCUUCCCUGAUGAUGUACCGGACUUUGUUGGAGUACGAGCACGACCGUUGAACGGGCUGCGUGAACUUUUCCCCAAUUGCUAAUAAUAAUAAGGUACGAAAGUUCGGAUUGUUACAGUACCAUAUGCAAUCGCAUGGAAUGGUCCGGCGUCAUAUGUAAAAGCACCCGAGCAUUGUAUUGAAAAUUUCCGAGAUCAGUUCUCCGUAAUGCACGCCAACCAGUUUAUUUGGAGGUCUUAUGUCCAGCGAACCUUGCCGGACUGUUGUGUUGCCGGUCGUCCUAUAUGGACGUCGAUAACAACUCUUAUUUGUUGGAAUAUGGUUGAGCCACACAUGCCACAACGAGUGUUGCGACAAUUUGGGAUUAUCCAACCGUAUGUCCAGCUCCUCCACCGGUUCCACGGUUCUGAUUUUACAAAACAGGAUCGUCGUGGAAAAUCUGGCCGGAAUUGGGUUGAUUACCACGCCCAUCAUAUCCAGGAGUGGGACAAUAGGCAUGACUUGGUGUGGACUGAUGUGGAGUACACUAUGGAGCCUGUUGCAACCGAUGAAUAUAUGAAUUGGUUUCGCCAAAUAACUGUGGUGUAUUUAACCAAACCUGGAGUGCAUGCUGAAGAGGGCUUCCACGAAACGGCAUCUUCUCAUAACUUCGCGAUGGAGACGUUUCACAACAUACGCCACUUUCUAAGUGGCCAAGAUAUGACCGAACAUCCGGCUUUGGAAACCAUUUCGAGGAUGGUUGAAGAUGGACUGCAGAUAUCCGGGGAGGCUGAGCUGAUGGACUACUGUCCUUCCCAGCGCUCUGCAAUGGACAUGGACGUACCCGUGAGGCAAAAGGGAAAACGACGAACCAAGAAGAAAACUGCAUGCGACGAGUCGUCAUCUCAGUUCGUAAAUGCCUCCGAUGACGAUUUUGUGGAUCCACCUCCACCUAGAUCUGCUGUUCGAGGCCUUCAUUCUGUCAGCCACACUGGUGGUACAGGAGAAGAUAUUGGCCUCAGUGAUGUCCACGCUUCUCCACCGCGGUCGUCUGUGCGAGAUGAUUUUUUUGGGGUGGAUAUAGAGAACGCUGUUGUUGAAGAUACUCCACCCUCUAGGAUCCCUAGAUCUACAUCCAGAAUCGGGAAGGGCAUACGGGGCCUGUUUAUGCGGAAACGCCGAGACGAUUAAACUAAACCCCAACUAUUUGUAUUUGUUGAUGCAAUUGAUAUCGUGUUUGUUCUUUGAGUUGCACUCUUUAUAUUGAUAAUUUUAUACAUCCUCUUUUUAUGCUUA